GUGUUCUUGCGGCUUCAGUGGUGUUUUGAUCAUUCUUGACCACUGGUGUACUUUCUGAGAAUCUGACAUGACAAGACAGAGAGAACUGUUCAGGGUUUUGCAUAGUUAAUUCUUUUUGGAACUACUACCUGAGGACUUGGAUUUUGGGGACACCAUAUUCAAAUUAUAUACAGUACGGACACCUUUCCUCAACAUUUUUUAGUUGUUUAAAGGAUAAAAUGUCUUUGGUUAAGCCUGCAGACCCAUCCGCCUCUCCGUAUGGCAGAUCCCAACUCUACAUGCUUAAUGGCAGCAGUGACAGCAGCAGAUUAUCCUCUCAAGCAUUUCGUUCAGAUAAACGAAAGUUCAAGUAUGGACCUGAAUCUUACUGUCAUGAGAGCUACAAUCAGCAGUACUACUCUGAAUCCCCUGCUGAUGAUUUUCAUGCUUCAAGGAUUGAGUUUCACCAUCCAUCAAGCACUGAUGUUCCAGAAAGUGUGUUCUCUCCACAAACCACUGGAAACCCUGGUGGAUGUCAAUCUCAAUCAUCAUCUGAAUACUUGUAUGAACAGAGCCCCGGAAAUGGAACAGUAGACUAUGAUGAUGAUGAUGAUGAUGAUAUCAGGUUUAAACUUCAAGAACUGGAGAGGGAACUCCUGAAUGACAAUGAUGAUGACGAAACAUUUGUUCUGGACCAGUGCAUGGACAUUGAUGGUGAAUGGGCUGACCCUAUCAAGGAUCUACUACUGCCCAAUUCACCAAAAGAAUCAUCAUCUUCAGACUCUAAUCUUAGUUGCAUCAGCAGCAACAAGGAGAUAUCCCCAUUGAAUCAUGUCUCAAGCCCAAAUCUGUCUAGAACCCUAUGUGCUAAGCAGUUGCUUUUUGAAUGUGCUGCAGCAAUUUCAGAAGGCAACAUGUUAGAAGCAUCAACCAUGAUAACUGAGCUCAGACAGAUGGUCUCAAUCCAAGGAGAUCCUGCACAUAGGAUAGCAGCCUACAUGGUUGAAGGCCUUGCAGCCCGCUUGGCUGCAUCUGGAAAAUGCCUAUACAAGGCUUUGAAAUGUAAGGAGCCACCCACUUUGGACCGCCUCUCAGCAAUGCAGAUCCUGUUUGAAGUUUGUCCAUGUUUCAAGUUUGGGUUCAUGGCUGCCAAUGGUGCAAUAGCAGAGGCAUUCGAAGAUGAAGAAAGAGUCCAUAUUAUAGAUUUCGACGUAAACCAGGGGAGCCAGUACAUCUCGCUGAUACAAGCUGUUGCAGCUCAACCGGGUAAGCCACCCCAUGUGAGGGUUACUGGAGUUGAUGACCCAGAGUCGGUGCAACGUACUGUGGGUGGCCUAGAGAUUGUUGGUCAGCGUCUUGAGCAGCUUGCUAAGGCAGUUGGGGUGCCAUUUGAGUUCCAAGCUGUACCAGCCAACACUGCUGAUGUCACCCCAGCAAUGCUCGACUGCCGUCCCAGUGAAGCUCUUGUAGUCAACUUUGCCUUCCAGCUCCACCACAUGCCUGAUGAGAGUGUCUCGACAGUGAACCAAAGGGACCGGCUCCUGCGCAUGAUCAAGAGCUUGAAUCCAAAACUAGUGACUGUGGUCGAGCAAGAUGUUAACACUAACACUGCCCCAUUCUUCCCAAGGUUUGUUGAGGCCUACAAUUAUUAUUCAGCUGUGUUUGAAUCACUUGAUGCAACAUUACCAAGGGAGAGUCCAGACAGGAUAAAUGUGGAAAAGCAGUGCCUGGCACGAGAAAUUGUCAAUAUCGUGGCAUGCGAAGGUGAAGAAAGGAUAGAGAGGUAUGAGGUUGCUGGGAAAUGGAGGGCAAGAAUGAUGAUGGCUGGAUUCCAGUCAUGUCCACUGAGUGCAUAUGUGAAUGAUGCCAUCCGGAAACUUCUGAAGCAGUACUGUGACAGGUACAAGGUAAAGGAGGAGGGCGGUGCGCUUCACUUUGGAUGGGAGGACAAAAUACUGGUUGUUGCUUCGGCAUGGAAAUGAUGAGCUUUACUUUUACUAGAUCACAGGUUUUUGUUGUUCGAUGUUUGCUUUUGAUUAUAUCUUGUGUAUAUUUUAUGCAUGGAUCCAGGAUGGUUAGAAUGGUCUAAUCUGGGUAGGUUGGAGGAAAUAAGAGUUUUCUGUUCUUGGAACGCUUGAGGAACAGAGCGACAUUGUGUAUGA